GCAGCCUCUGCAUUUCUCUGGCCGUCUGAAUGCUAGCACGGCGAAAAAAGAAAAAGAGGCUGAGGGGAAGAAGAGGAGGGGAGGAAAAAAACGCCGAAGAAAUGUGAAAAUCAGCGGACGGGUUCAUGGCGAGCGGAGGUCCAGAGCUAAAGGAGUUAUUGAGGGACUCCUUAACAGCCUCGCAGCCCGGAUCAAAAUGUUCUUGCCCUUGAAGAGUUCCCUGAGCAGUCUUUACUGGGCUGAGCGAAACUCUACCAUUAACUCAUGCUGUGUUCCCCUGCUUUGCUAAAUCUGUUGGAAAGAUCAGCACUGGUCGCUGAGGCCGCUCAGCCCUGUGUCCUCUCUGAGGGAGAUGUGAGCUGACACCGUGCCCGCUCCGGUUCUUGAGGGCGUCACUCAAGUCACCCAACCCCGAGUCCCUGUCAGGAGCUCACUGGAAGGGAAGUGGGCUGCUGAGUUAGCACUUUCUCUUGGCUGCAAUGACUUCCGCUCUUUUUUUCCUCUGGGGCCUUGAGGGCAUCGUCAUAACUAGAAAGGCAAAAACUAGCUUAAUUGGCUUGCAUGCAGAAUAAGCUCAUAGUGGAGAAAACUGCUGACUACCCCUUGGCUGAGUUCUCUCUGGUGGAAGAUGUGGCACUGCACUUCACCCGUUUGAUGGACAGGCUGAACGAGCAGCGUCUCUUCCAGCCGGACCUGUGCGACGUUGACCUCGUUCUGGUGCGCCAGCAUAGCACCUUCCCUGCCCAUAAAGGGGUGCUGGCUGCCCACAGUCCCUUCUUCCAGGCGCUCUUCACCCGGGGCAGAGAACUGCGGCGUGUGGACCUGACGCUGGAGGCAUUGACCAGCCAAGGUCUGCAGCAGAUCCUCAACUUCAUCUACACCUCCAAGCUGCUGGUGACGGGCCGGACCGUGCGGGACGUCCUGCGAGCUGCAUCUGUGCUCCAGAUGAGUGAACUGGUUACAUCUUGCCGUGAACUCAUCAGCAGCCAGUCACUGGGCUCCACAGAGACGAUGGCCAGCCAAGAGGAACGUCGCGGUCAGCUGUACCGUGAGGUCAAGCAGGAGGUGGAGGUGGGAAAUAUUUUCUCCCGAGAAGGGAGUGGCCCGUUUUCAGUGCGGCUGGUGGAUGGAAGCAACCAGCAGGCCAAACACUUCUACAAAAAGGACGAUACUGGAGGGGGAGGUGCUCCAGGAGCUGGAGGGAGGGGCUUAUGCAAAGUGGAAGGAGGAGAUAGCCAAGAGGAGGUGGACCCCCAAGAGAGCUCUGCCUCCUUUAACAGGGAGCAAAUUAUCGUGGAGGUCAACCUCAACAAUCAGACCCUAAAUGUCUCCAAGGGGUCAGAGGGCAAGGCUGUCACCGCGGACAUAUCCUCAUUGCUGCCCCGUCGCCGUGACAGCCGGGUCAAUGCAGGGGCUGACGAUGACGCUGGACCUGAAGAGAAGGAAUAUGAGCGAAGAGGAGAGGAAGAGAUGGCAAACAGCAGUGAGGAGGAGAGGGAUGAUGAGGAAGAUGAUGAUGAAGAGGAAGAAGGAGAAGAGGAAGAGGAGAGUGAUCUCAGUAUUCCAGAGGUGGGACAAGCCAUCUUUGAGAGACCUCGCCGAGGAACGAGAGCAAGCGCGGCUGUUUCGCUACGCCAGGGCUUGAUCAGCGCCUCGCUGGCCCCAGCCCUACACUCAGGCCAUGAAGGCCGGCGGGGGAAGAAGGAGCAGGAGGGAGCAGGUCAAAAGGUGAAGCUGGAGGAGAAGCAGCACUUCCCCUGUAAGAAAUGUCCACGUGUCUUCAACAACCGCUGGUACCUGGAGAAACACAUGAACGUCACCCACAAUCGCAUGCAAAUCUGCAACAAGUGUGGCAAGCGCUUCCUGCUGGAGAGCGAGCUGCUGCUUCACCACCAGACCAACUGUGAGAAGAGCAUACAGUGUGUAACGUGCGGCAAGGCGUUUAAGAAGCUGUGGUCCUUGCACGAACAUAACAAGAUCGUCCACGGCUAUGCUGAGAAGAAGUUCUCCUGUGAGAUCUGUGAAAAGAAGUUCUACACUAUGGCGCAUGUCAGGAAACACAUGGUUGCUCACACUAAGGACAUGCCAUUCACCUGUGAGACGUGUGGGAAGUCCUUUAAGCGCAGUAUGUCUCUGAAGGUACACUCCCUGCAGCACUCCGGAGAAAAACCGUUCAGGUGUGAGAAUUGCAGUGAACGCUUCCAGUAUAAGUACCAGCUUCGCUCCCACAUGAGCAUCCACAUCGGCCACAAGCAGUUCAUGUGCCAGUGGUGCGGCAAGGACUUCAACAUGAAGCAGUACUUCGACGAGCACAUGAAGACACACACUGGAGAGAAGCCGUAUAUCUGUGAGAUCUGUGGGAAGAGCUUCACCAGCAGGCCCAACAUGAAGCGCCACCGGCGCACCCACACUGGCGAGAAGCCGUACCCCUGUGACGUGUGCGGUCAGCGCUUCCGCUUCUCCAACAUGCUCAAGGCUCACAAGGAGAAGUGCUUCCGGGUCAGCAACCCUUUAGAGACCGACGGCAAUCCUCUGGGCCUGGAUCCCGCGUCUCCUGGCCCGCUGGCCGGCCGGUCCGUGACCCCUCCUGCUGAAGCAUCCAGCCCCCUGUCCCUGCCCCUUCUCCACUCCAUUGGGGGGCUCCCCCCUCCCCCUCCUCUCUUCUCUACUGGAAGGGUCAGCUCAAACAACAACUAACAGCGUUCAGUAGAACUGUAGCCAUUCCUUUAGCUUCUUUUUCAUUACUUUGAAUCCAAAGCAGUAGGUCGUUUGACUUUGUAUGAGCUGUGCAAAUCACAUGAAAGAUGAAACUCCUCGAGAGGCACUUCUGACCUGCUGAAUGAAGUCUAAGACAUGUAGCAGGCGUUUGUAACAGUGUGUGACACUGUAUGAUCCUUUGAUGCUGUGCAAGCGAUGACUUGGCAUUCUCAUAGAGAUAUUUUAUAUAUUGUCAAGGUCUACUCAUUAUUCAAAGAAUUAUGUUCUCAUUUUUGUUAUUAUAUGCUUGUUUUUUGAGGUAAGGGACUACCAUUGCUGGUUAGGUUCUCAUGCUCAGCCUAAGGCUGUUUUUACAUGGUGAAACUUUAUGCAACUUGUUGCAGUUUGCCAGUUGUGUGAGACAUAAUUUCGGAGCUUCUUGACAGUUACAAGAAGCUAUUUAAAAACAAGUGAUUGCAACUCAUUUGAUUAUUGCACUAGUUAGCAAGAAACGUAGCUAGUAGUUUCAGAUAUCAUAUCAUUCUGGCUCCAUAAAAUCAUCUGUGAUGUGUUAUUUAGCUUUUGUAUCAUUUUAUGUCGAGAGAGGAGAAAAUGAAUAGCUGGCAACAUAGAUCAUGACAUAGAAGGCUAACAAAGCAUCAAAUUAACCUGAGGCCUGUCACAGUCAUAAUGUUUUAAUGAUUAACUGUCAUACAGAUCAUUGUGAUUAACAAUUUUAUCUUUUUUUAGUUAAUUACAUGCCAUUAUAUUAGUGUACAAACAGCAAUUUAGUCAACACUGAACUUUAGAAUACAUAAUACAUAAUACAUAAAUGUCUUUUUACCAAAGUUUACCAGGUUCAAGUAAUCAAAAUAAAUAAUGUACUAUUCUCCUGUUGCUUUACAGGCCAGGUAGAUUCCAGGCAAGGCACACUAAUACAUACGUAGCUCAUCGAAAUGAUUUGGAUCAUUUCGUACAUAUAUAGGGAUGCACCGAUAGAGGAAUAGUGGGCUGAUUCCAAUGCCCGAUAUUUUUUAUGUCUGCCCAUACUGAUGUCGAAACAUUUGCUAUCACUGUGCAUCACUAGAUGCGUAGCUAAAAACUGUGCUAGCAGCUAAGUGAAUUUUCUCUUUUGCCAUUUUUACAGAUAACAGUAAGUCAUACAGUGUCAGAAACCACAUAUAGCAAGUCUAUCAGAUAUUAUCUGCCAUUUUUUGUGAUUAUUUAAGCAUACAGUUUGUACAAUUCUGAUAGAUCGAAUCUAAGCAUUAGCUGUUAGCAACAUUAGCCUCGUGGCUUUAGGACAUAACAAAAUAAGUGAAAAUAUAUGACUGAAAUCUAACAAUGUUGGAAAGUAAUUGCAGACAGCUUGAAUAGUUAUGGUUAUGCUAUAGUGUAAUUGUGACUGGCCUAAAUUAACCUUUGCUUGCUAACUAACUUGUAAAACUAACUGGUUACCAGCAAAUAAGCAGCGUUAUUCCACAAGAAAUUAACUUUUUUUCCAUGCUCUGAUUUAUUUUCUGGUGCAUGAUGUGUUGACAUCAUUUGAAAUGUUAUCAUGUGAUGUUAUGAGUGUUUUAGCAGUUUCAAGAAACUUGGUUCACAAAGUUGCAGCUGUUGCGGCUGAGUUUCAGACAAGUUUCGAGGGAGUUGCUGGAGGCUUUACAUUAUACAACACACGUGAUUUUUUUUUUUACUUCAGUUGCCUGAAAGUUUCACCAGGUAAAGCCAGCCUAAGUACAUUACAAAGAGGUUACCAGAGGGUCAUGGUUGUGGGCUACGGUACGGUUGCGUAUUUAUCUUGGUUGUACAAAUAAUGUUCUCUGCAUUAAGAAUGUCUUUACAGACAGAGUGGCUUGUGCUUUCUGCCAGAUGCUGGAAGCAGGCAAACCUCAGAGGAUCCACAAAUGUGUUCUCCACUACAGCCAGCAGAGGGCGCCAUGUGAUCAAAGAGUGCUGCAAAAACUUGAUUUGUGAGUUGAAAACGUUGCAGAUAUGUGUAGUAGCGAUAACCAAAUCUGUGUCCCUGAACUCUUUAUGUAUUACAUCACAGUAACCAAACCCUGUGUGCUCAUACGCCGCCUUUAGAUACGCAUUUAUAAUCACUCCUGCACCUUAUUUUUGACCACAGAUAUAUAUAUAUGUUGUAUUCUUUAAUGUCUUCUUGGUAGAGUUUGAUAUGAUGGUUUGUGUCAGGCCUGGCUUUGGCAUUUUUUUUGCCCUGUUUAAAGUUUUAAAGGUGUGUUGUAAGUUUUAAGACCUGUGCUGUGCAUGGGGAAGAGCGUGUAUGUAAAGUAAUUAAAGCACUUAUGGGGACUUUAAGGUGUAGAAAUCUAGCAAACAUACUAAUGUGUCAUUUAUGUUUUCUUUUUUAAGUAGAAGAGCACUUUAUAAAUAUUGGUCUGUGUAUCAGCCAUCAAUGUGACUGAAAAUCAGAUCCCUCGGAAUUUGCUUCAUUUACUGUUUUUUAGUUCUGAGAAAGAUAUACAAUUUUUAGCAGAGCAAUAUAGCAAUAUAUUCCACUAUGGACAUAUUAUAAUUUGUACUUAGACAAUGUUAAACUGUGCAUUAGGUUUUGUCUUAUAAUGUACCUUUAAUUUAUGGUACAACACAUGUUGAAGUCGCUUCUUGUGCUGUUUCUGUAGUCAUUCCUUUAGCCUUAUAUAGACGUCCAAUGUCAAAAAUUAUUUAUUUGGGAUUACUGAUUUGGGUCUUUCACUGAUUCAUGGAAAUGAGAUUAAUCAGAUGACUGAUAACUGCAGAUGCUUUAAUAACUAAUACAGAUAGUUUGAAUUGAUUCAGAGCUAAUUAAUGCUUACAUACAAUAUGCCUCCUUCUUUUACAGUCUUCUUUACGUUUUUAGUCUCCAUGGCCUGCUGUGCACUUUUGACUUAUGUACUAAGAUUUAUAUAUGCUUUAAAGGUUCACUAAGUUUCCAUUUAUUUUAAUGGCGAAUUGCAAUAGCAGCACCUACUUUAACUUACAUUAGUAAUAAAACAAAGAAUUCUAGUCAGUUUUUUCUCACACAGUGAGAAUGUUUUGCACAUGCUACAUGGGUGGACAAAAUAAUGGAAACACCACAUGGAAUACUCAGACUCAUUGGCCAUUUUGUCAGACACACUAUAUAGGUAGCCCAUCUGUUUUUUGCACAUUUAUUGACUUUAGAGUUCAACUCAGUGAUUGGUCAGGCAAAAUGUAUCUCCAGCGUGUUUAUUUGAUAUUCUAUUAAUAUUCUAUUAAUUUGGUACUAAAUUCAUUAUUUUGUUACAUUUCCCUGCGUUUAAAACAAUCUGGCCAGUUCAGUCUUCUUGUGGGCCACGGAAACUUUUGUGUGUCAGUUGUGUGGGUUGCAACAGGUUAGGAAGCCUUAUGAUAGAGAAUAACUGACACAAACUGUUUCUUUUGCUGUACAAUCAAUAAUUGUACCCAUAAAUGUAAUUUUACAUAAUGUGUAAAACACCCAAAACUCAAAGAAGAUUCACCACCCAAAUAAUAUCUGGGCCCAGUUGCAUUAGGGGAAAUUAAUGAUUGUUAAUUGUUUCUCUUAAGGAAACCCUUGAGUUUCACCUAAGAGUCACACUUAACCUUGGGAAAUACUUAAGGGUAAUCUUAAAAAUUCAGUUUACUGUGUUUAAUACACCCGGGCACUGGUCCUGUAGUGGUCCCUUACCAUUAAGGAGCAGAGUUGUUAACCUACAAAGUGCACAUAGAUCGUGUUUAUUAAAAAUGGUACCUGUGAUCUCUCCGUUAUUUUGUACACCUUCUACAUCUGGCAGUUAAAUACUAAGAAUGCUCUCUACCUCUUAUCUUAAUGGGACGACUUUAUGGGUCAGUAAAGCCAAAUCAUCAGCCUAUAAACAAGCUGUCUUCAUAUCAGUGAUGUACAGAACAGUGCAAAAGUCAGAGACCACCCUUCAUUAAUUUGAUUUCCAGUCAUUAAUUCUUCAGGAGGUUUGUCUGAGAGAGAAGUAUAAUCCAUUUGCAAAAGGAAGGGCAAAUGUAUAACUUUCCAAAUCAAGUAUGUAUCCAAAUAUGUAUUGAAACAGUGCAUGACCACCAAAAUCAUCACCAUCAGAUAAACCAUACUUAAAGCCAGAGAUGAGACCUCUCAGACUGAGCUUUGGAGGUCUGCAACAAUACAUUUAUUUAUAUAUAUGUAUAUCAUAUGUUUUCUACUUUUUCUCCGAUCCUGAAAAAUGAAUACCUUGUACUUAAUGGCUGGUUUGUCUUGAUCAUUAACUCAACAAAGGGUGGUUUCUUCUGACUUUUUCAUAGUACUGCAUAACAACUAAACCAGUGGGCCCAAAACUCUCCAUUUGGCUCUCAACCAUCAAAAUAUGAUCCCAUUUUCUCACUAAAACCUCUAGUUUGUCAUUUUUACAGUACCAGGGCAGGAUCUAGUUCUCCAGAACUUACUUAACUCAUCAAACUCUACAUCUACCUCCUCAUAGAUAUCAGUUAUGUGGAAAGAGGCUUCUUGAAGUUUCAUAAGGGUCAGAUAAGACAAGUGUAGUGAAUAUCACACCUAUCACUUAGUGGACCUUUAAAGAGUCUCUAUGGAGAAGCCAUGAAAGGUCUGAUUAGAGAUAAGAGAUAAACAGAGUGUUUAUAGAGAUUCUAGAAGAUUUCCUUACUGAGCUUUAGAGAGGAUAUAUAACACAUAAAGAGAAAACUUUAACCUUGAACACAGUAUAUAUAGUCAUAAUAACAGGUAUUACAAACUAUAUAGCCCACAUUAAGAUAUACAGUACAGUAUCUAUAGUCUGUAAAUAUAUUGUGUACUCCAUGUCAUUUACCGAAUCGGCUGUUGUUUUUUUUGUUUUGUUUUUGUUUACAUUGUACUAAGAGUCAGAUGAAUGUGGUGACGCGUAGUGGAGGGGUCAGUCAGCACUAUUGAAAGACUUUGGAAGUUGUGGAUAAGCUUUUGUUUAUGUGAUAAGCUCUAAAAUGUUUUUUUUUUCUUUAAAAGAAAAAGAAAAAAAUACCUUAAGCACCUUAAAUUUUACAGUCACUCACGUUGCCCACGUAUAUGCACAAAUGGUGACAUUUGUGAGAUGAUACAGUUGUUUUGCAAAACUUUGGGCACCCAGGGGUAAUCAAACUUUGCAUAUGACUAUGGUUUAUUAGUUGAUAGAAGAUUUUACAGAUUUUUUAAUCUGUCAAAGCCACAAUUGUGGAUUUAAGGGCAAUGAAGUGGCAGCAUCAACAAUCAGUGACAUACGGUUUAAAUAGUGAGGGGCAAAUCUGCACAAUAUGGACAAAAUGCUAGUAUUAUUUAAAAUGCAUUGGUAAAUCAGUAAUGUGGUUGGUCUGGAUGCUCAAAGCACACAGCAAAAUUUAUGUUAAGUUGUAUAUUGCACCCUUCAGUAUCAGAUAAAAGCCAAUACCACAUUAAUAGUUAAGAAGAGUUAAGCCCUAUUGAGUAUUUUUUUCUGUUUCUUCAGCAAUCAAUGGAAAUAGAAUUGAAGCGAAUGCAAACAGACUUAUGGAUCCAGAUUGUGGCUUUAUACAGAGGGUUGCAUGGGGUCAGUAUGCUUUACUGCCAGUAAUUUAAAGCUCUGCUUUUGCUUGCCAAGAGUGACAAUGUGUAUGUGAAUGUAAUCACAGUGUAUAUAUUGGCAUUGAUUAGAUUAAUUUAGUUUAAACUAUAUAUCAGUGCUUUCAUAACAUUAUCUGUGAAAGGCUUCUGUGGGUCCAAGCUUUUGUGCCUGCUAGUGGCUCAACCAAUCAGCAGCCAAAUCAAUUUUUUUUAGUGAUUGGUUGGGACAAAAGCUUGGGAGGACACAGACACUGUGUGGAUCAGUCUGUUGGUGGUGCCGUAAGUAGGGCUGGGUGAUAUGGCAGGAUUGUAAUAUUGCAGUACUUCACAAUAUACAGUUUAUCAUGACUGUAUAUUAUUACAUUAGAAUUUUAAAAAAAGAGUGAUAUAUAAUUCUAAGAACACCCUUUGAUUUAUUCAAAUUACAGUCCAAACAGUCAAAAAGUACAAAAAAAGGCCUCAACAUCUAAAUUUAAUCUCAGUUUGUUCAAUAUUUAGUGUGUCCACACUUUGCCUUUAUUACAUCUUCCAUUCUCCCAUUUUUGGGAGGCUCAUUUUGUUUUCCAAAGAGGUCUGUAGGGAUAUUUUUCCACUCCUCCAAAGGUCAGUCUUAGAAGUUGGUUGCAUUUUCUGCUGUACAUGAUCCAUUUAAUCUUAAUUAGGAUUACAAAAACCCCUACUCCUUAUCGCAGACUACUCUAUGUCCAGUUUUCAGUGUACAAUUUGCAGUUGCGCUGUAAUGUCAUAAAAAAAAACAUGUUGUCAUAUCGCCCGCCUCUAUCUAUGAGCAUUGCUGUUCAGAUGCCUCCUUUUUAAACCCAAUGUUUUUAAUGCAAAUAGCCCUAGAGUAAUGAAUAUAGACUACUUAGUUGCCGAUUACUGUUACCCAGCAAUGGAGAUGCCACAUACUCCAGUCUUACAUGUUGUGCUGUUUCGUUACUAUAACCUUAGCAAAUCUUUAAUACAUGAGAGGUUGUGGAGCUUCUGUUGUGCAGACUGAAGUGGUGCUGUAACUAACAUGCCUUAAGUGUUACCAGGAAUGGAGCCGCCAUGGUAGUGAAUGUGCUAAAGUGUUAAUGCAAAUCACAGUGGCUUGAUAAUCGGAAAGUGAUGCUACUGAUGUGUGCACUUUGGUAAGGACUUGGAGGAGGACAAAAAGUGAAAAAUGUUAGAUUUGACAUGUUUUUUUUUAAAUAUGAAUAAAUGUAAUUGGGGAGAAUAUUUCUUGCAAUAAUGUCUUGUGCCAGAUGAAUUUGUAAGCCUUUUAAAUGUUAGACCGAGGCUGAACAUCUUAACUUCUGCCACGUCCUUUUGUCCUAGUACAUUUUUAUUGUGUCACUUUUCUUAUUGCACCUUAUUCUCCAGCACCCAUAGGUUAAAAGGUAUUGGUAUUAUAUUGUGAUAUGUGUUUUAAAAGAAUGAAAGGAACAAACUGAAAUGGAAAGAAAUGUAGCAUGUGGGUUUAUUACUAUUCUUUGAAAAGUAACACUGGCAUUUUUCCACUGCACAGAAAACUGGAACUGUACUCACCAUUGGUCACAGGUCCAAAACUGAAGGUUCUAAUUUUAGUUUUUUUGGGACCUGAUAAAGAUUGGCACCAACAGGACCUGAAGGUACUUGAAGGUUUCUCCUCUGUCUGGGGUAACAGCUAAAGCUAACACAUAUUUAGUGAAUUCUUUACUCUUCCAGGUAAAGAAAAGAAUUGGCUUGCCGUGUGGAUUGACAUUUUUUAGAAUUAUUACUUUCAGAGCUUGCUAAGCUAAAUCAGGACACUAGCACUAUUACCAUUUGUGCUACCCUUUGCAGGAUGUAUGUUUUUCUCCUCAAAUGUUUACAAUUGACGGAAAAAUUGAAGUUUUAUGCAUGAUUCUAUGUAAUUGUAGACGUUUUUGAGUGGAGAACAGUGCAGUAUAAUGUCAGGUAGGCUAGUAACUUAAGCUAGUUAUGCUAGCUAGCAAGCAAAGGAGCUACUGGGCAAAUGCUUUACAGUGUCAUGAAAUGACCAGAAAGACAACUAAAUUCUUAAUUGUGAUUAUUAUGAUGGUUUUAGCUGUCUCAAACAUAUGGAAAGACCUAGAACUGUAAGUUUGGUUCCCAUUUGGGUCAGUUGUUUUUGUAUGUGCAGUGGAACAAGGGCCACAUUGCUAACAGCAUAUGAAAAUGUGAAUAUCUUGCAGUAUAUUGCUGAUAUAUUCCAAAUUCUGCACUAAAUACAUGAUAAUGUAUUUUAAAUGUAUUACAUUUUUGUUUGAGGAAACCAUGUAGAGGGUAUUGAUUGUGUUACAAUUGCACAGGCCCAAAACUAAAUUUUUUUUUUUUUUUUGUUAAAAGUGCACCUUCCUAUAAUGGUCUUAAAUUUAAAAGGUGACUUAGCAAAGCUUUUCAUUUUUGUACGCACUUUAUGUGAUGCUGUGUUUCAGUUUUGAAACAAGGUCUAGCAUAUUCAUAAAAGAAUUAAAUUAUUAAGGAAAUGGAGAAUUUAGAUCAGUCCAUUUUAAUAUUUGUAUUUUUUUCCUUUUCGCUUGAAAAAUCAAGUGGCCAAAUCAUAGUGUGUUACAGAUUAUUUUACCUUCUAUCUUGUGGGUGAAUUUCACUUUAAUUAUCUAAUGAUAAAUGCUAAAUGGCUGGGAAAUACACUGUUUUGAUUGUGUAUUUGUAAGCAAGUGUGUUCAUGGGAUUGUGAAGUGGUCUGUGUUCUCCCUCUGUUUUGCUACUUGUUUGCUGCUAGUUGUAUAGAAUUAGCAUUUUGUGGCCUUUUUGAGUUCUUAUUGUUUUUUCUCAAGCUAUAACUUCAGCGACAAACAUUUACAUAACCACAGACAAGGCGACAAGGAGGCUACUUUAAAAAGUUAUAUGUCUAACAAAAGUAAAAUAGUUUAUCUUGUUUGUUUAUUUUGUUCUUCUGGUGAAUUACAGAGUGAAAGAGAAGUUAUAAAGGAUUUGCACAUAAAAGAUAAAAGGUAAUCCAUCUUAUCUUUAGUGUCCUAGUGAAGGAGAACUGACCAUGCAGUUACCGUGGAACGUGUUACAGCCAAAUCAAAGAUGGAAUCACUUUUGUUUUUUUUGUUUUUUUUAAACAUUUAAUAUCUAAUAACUUGUUCUUCCUUCAUAUGUAUUGAAGCAUUCUGGAGUGUGACUGUUCCUGCAUUAUUUCCUCAACUUUUGCUAUGUAAACCCAAUGUCUUAGUCAACCCUUGUGUACGAAGAACACAUGUAUGCAGUAGUCACGUCGGUUUUGUUAACACAGUACUAAAACAAUACAAAGACGCUAGUGUCUAGAGGUGCUAAUAACAUUAGACUGUAUCUUAUGUCAUUUAUCGUAUAAGUUAGUGUUUACUGUCUGUAACAGAACAAAAUAAAAAAGUUCAUUUCAAUAGUAAAUUAAACAUUAUCCCAAACCUCA